ACACAAUCAGUGUUGUACAUCAUUCUCAUAUUUCGCUAAUCUGCCUAGUGCCUACUACAGUUUUACUCUACUAGCCAGUUUACUCACUACACGAGUUUAUUGUUGUCGUCGUGUACUCGUGUUUUUGUGUAUUGUGUUUAUAUGCGACUCGAUGUCUCUAUCUUGUUUGGCGUGUGUCGUGUAUACAACGUGCUGAAGUUGAAUAUCGUUUACACUCUCGCGUUACAUUAAUACUCAUUGAACGCAACGUUGUAUUCCGCUACAGUUGUGGAAAUUUUUCUGUCUACUGUUGUUUAUCGUCCUCGUGAUUAAUGGUAUAGGUUUCAAGUCUACGUAUUAUAUUUGUGCAGAUAUUAUAAUGUUAAACUCGCAAAUUUAUCAAUAUUUAUAAUAGCAUUUAAUUUAUAAUGGCUGAUAGAAAGAGAGAACGAUCAAUAUCAGAAUCUGAAUAUGAGUACAAUGAUCAAACUGCUUGUGAAACAUCUACAAAUAAAAGAUCUCUUUACAAGUCAAAUGCUCUAUGCAAAAGAACCUCUGAACAAUCCUUAAGUGAUGUGAUUCAAAAACUCACUCAGCAGAUUGAACACAUUGAAAAAAAUUUUGCAAAAUGUCAGAAUGUCACAAAAAAUACUAAAGUGAAUGAUAUUAGCUGUGAUGAUGAACUUAUAUAUCAGCCACCCAACAAAAUAAUUAAAUAUGAUAAUGAUAUAAUAAGUGCAAACUUUUGUAACUCGGAUGAAAAUAGUAUUGGGUCCACCAACAAAAUUGACCCAACAAAUCAUGUCAAUAAAAAAAUUAAAUUGGACAAAAAUUUAAUUUUUCAAAAAGAUGUUGAUGAUUUAGAAAGAGAUUCUAAAAGUCUUACUAAUGAAGAAGUGGAAACGUUAUUAGAGUUAUCACACAAAAUUGAUGAUAAAAUCAUUUAUGAAGACAACACUUGCAUCAAAACUCACAAUGUCCAAACAAUUGAGAAUAGUGAUUCAGUAAAAUUUCUAGACCAAGCAGACAAUUUUAAUACAACAAUGGAACAUGUAUUUAACGAAUCAAUGUUGAAUAAUAAUAAUAUUAGUUUUUCUACUGAAGAUCAAAGCAUUGCACAAAGUAAUGAUUUUUUUGAAAACAGCAUAAACAAAAGUGCUGAGUUUAUGAAUAUUGGUGAUAUCAUACUUAUGUCUGAAACUUGUGAAAAUAACAAUGAAAGUAUUGAUCAAGAUGGUUUGUUGGACUUGACCAAAUGUGAAAAUGAUGAAAAUAUUUUGGAUCUUGACAAAUGUAGAAAUGUAACUAACGAGAGCAUAAACUGUACAACGCCUUUUGAGAACGUAAAUUCUGAGAUACAAACAGAUAGUGACCAAAAAACUCAAUAUUCAGGAGACAGCAUACAUGAAACGGAUAUUGGAAGAAUGAUUGUGCAAGAAAGAAAAUCAUGCCAGUCAACUAUGCACGAAGAUGAUCAAGAGACUGUAUGUGAAACUCUGAACAAUCAAGAAGAAAAUAUUUUUGAACCAUCAAACGCAGAAGAUGAUUCUUAUGAUGUCAAUAUUCUAGAAGCUGUCCAUCCAAAAAUUAUUGAUUGUGAGAAUAAUUUUAAUCAAAAAGAUUUGUUGGAUAUCAAUGAAUAUGUUAAUGAAGAAAUAAUGUCAGAAAAUGAAAAUGUAACAUGUAAAUCGAAACUGGAACAGAAUAAUAAAGGUAGUUUAAAAAUACUAACAAUCGAAGAUGAGGAAAUGCUUACAAAACUGGUUAACAAUGAGGAUGAAGAGUUAGGCAUAGGAACAGAUUGUACAGACAAAACGACUGGGUCCCAAACUUGUGAAGAUUAUAUUAAUGAAAAUAUUCCUAAAAAAAGGAAAAAUCAAGAUGAUUUGUUGGUGGUAACUACGCAAGUAUCUCAUGAAAAUGUUGGUAUGGUUAAUGAAGAAAAAAGCAGGUUAGACCAAACAGACAAACCGACUAAAUCUAUGAAUCAUGGAGUUGAUUUAACAAUAUUCAAUAAUAAAGAAAUUGACAAUUUGACUGAAAGAAAUUCUCAAAGUUCAGUUAAUGGUGAUCAAUUUAUAUCCAAUACAUUUUAUUUUGGAACUGAAAACUGUCGUGAUGUUUCUGUCCAUACUAUUCACUCUUUGGAUGCUUAUGAGAUGAAUAAUAGUGUAAGAAAUAAUACCACAGUCCACUCAAUAGAAAACAAUGACAGUUUAGUUUCUUUGAACAAUGAAAUUGAAAACUCUAUAGUAGAGUUAUAUUGUAAUAGUGAUGAUAAAACACUCUCGGGGAUCAAGAAUAAAGGUUAUAGUAAUGAAGAAGAAUAUGCUGGAGGAAUUAUGAAACAUACCAUCGAAGAUAUCCUGGUUUCAUUAGAAUCUUCAAAUAGUUAUCGUCAUGGCCUUAUAAAUUUUUCCAAAUCUGUUAAUGAUUUUGAAAACAUAUUAGAGCCAGUUGAUGAGUCUUGUAUGAAUUCUGAGAGUAUAACCAACAUUUCCAAUACAAUUCCAUUAUACGAGUUACAAAAAACAGUAUCUGAAAUAAAUGAAUACAAUAAUAAUACCAUCACGUCACAAAGCAAUGAAUCUUCUGAAAUUAGCAAGGAACGAAGUGCUGAAUUUGUGAAUGUUGGUGAUAUCAUACUUAUGCCUGAAACUUGUGAAAAUAACAAUGAAAGUAUUGAUCAAGAUGAUUUGUUGGACUCGACCAAAUGUGAAAAUGAUGAAAAUAUUUUGGAUCUUGACAAAUGUAGAAAUGUAACUAACGAGAGCAUAAACUGUACAAGGCCUUUUGAGAACGUAAAUUCUGAGAUACAAACAGAUAGUGACCAAAAAACUCAAUAUUUAGGAGACAGCAUACAUGAAACGGAUAUUGGAAGAAUGAUUGUGCAAGAAAGAAAAUCAUGCCAGUCAACUAUGCACGAAGAUGAUCAAGAGACUGUAUGUGAAACUCUGAACAAUCAAGAAGGAAAUAUUUUUGAACCAUCAAACGCAGAAGAUGAUUCUUAUGAUGUCAAUAUUCUAGAAGCUGUCCAUCCAAAAAUUAUUGAUUGUGAGAAUAAUUUUAAUCAAAAAGAUUUGUUGGAUAUCAAUGAAUAUGUUAAUGAAGAAAUAAUGUCAGAAAAUGAAAAUGUAACAUGUAAAUCGAAACUGGAACAGAAUAAUAAAGGUAGUUUAAAAAUACUAACAAUCGAAGAUGAGGAAAUGCUUACAAAACUGGUUAACAAUGAGGAUGAAGAGUUAGGCAUAGGAACAGAUUGUACAGACAAAACGACUGGGUCCCAAACUUGUGAAGAUUAUAUUAAUGAAAAUAUUCCUAAAAAUCAAGAUGAUUUGUUGGUGGUAACUACUCAUUUAUCUGAUGAAAAUGUUAGCAUGGUUAAUGAAGGAAAAAGUUUUAGUAGGUUAGACCAAACAGACAAACCGACUAAAUCUAUGAAUCAUGGAGUUGAUUUAACAAUAUUCAACAAUAAAGAAAUUGACAAAAAUUUGACUGAAAGAAGUGUGUCAUUCAAUUCUAGUGAUGCAAGACAAAUUCUUGAUAGUUCCAAUGAUGAUUCUGAACACUUUGAUGAUUCCCUUUUGUUUAAGCCAUCAGACAGGGAUUUAGUUAGGUAUGGGAUAGAAUGUGAAGCUUAUGAGAAGUCAAUUUCUCAAUCUCUAAAUAAUUUAGAAAAUUAUGUCAGUAAUAAAGAAGUUAUUCCUCAAUGCAAUACUCCUACAAGUCUUAAUAAUCUCGUGAGCUCUAGUUAUGUCAAAGAUUAUGAAGACAAUGUUGUUGAUUUUUACGACUGUGAACUUAGCAGUAUUGAGAACUCAGAUGUUGAAGAUAAUCUACUGUUGUCUUUUGUAAAAGAUACUUCAAUGGAUGAUUGCAUUUUAGAAAAAAACCAAAACAAAUUGAAAAAUGCAACCAAUUCUACCAGUAAUGAACUAACAUGUGACACUAAUUUCAAAAUUCCGAAUUUAGGUUCUCCUUCUGAGAGUUGUAAUAAUUUGACUAAUGUUGUUUCAUUAGUUCAUUCACCUAGUCAUGAUCAUCAAAACAAUGAGAUUAUAAGUACAAGUAUAUCUAAGACUGAAAUGCAAAUGAAUCCUGAUGCUGAUGAUAAAUUGGAAAGUGUAAACUCAAUUACUUCUUGCAAUGUAAUAUCCAGUUUAAACGACUCUGACAACAUUAAUAAUAUUCAAUCAAAUAAUUUGUGUAUAGACCAAGGUAAUUUUAAUGAGAACCAGAAUUUAGAAGACACAAUUAAAAGUCAAAGUCAAAACAAUAAAAAUGAAUCAAUUUCCGGGUCUAAUACACAUCAGAAUAUAAAAAAGUCUCAAAAAUCAUAUGAAGAUAAUGAAUCUGAGACUGAGUCAAGUAUGAAAAUUACUGGGAACUGCACAAUACCCAAAUCUAAUAUUGAGGAGAUACAUAAAACUAAUAUAGUUCAAUCUAGUAGUUCCGUUAUAGAUCAAAGCGAGAUUGACAAAAAAAAAUAUUUAGAUGAAAUUAUUAAGAAUGAACAAUUAUUUAACAAAUUUGAUGAGAAAUUAGAUGUAAAUGAAUCGGCCAUCUCACCUUUUAUAUCUCAAUCUUUAGCAAAACCUAGUAUCCUUAAAGGUGCAUUGGCAAAAAAAGCAGCGGCUCAUAUAAAUAUAAAUGAUAUGGGAGAUAAAGCCUUGUCUACUUAUUUAACCCAACAAGCUAUGACAUUAGACGUCUUAGAGGUUCUACAUAAGUCUUUAGACACAUGCCCAUCAUCUGAUAUAUUGAUGGAAGAUCCAAAAGGCUUAGUCGUACCUCUCAUGCCACAUCAAAAACAUGCCAUUGCUUGGCUGAUUUGGAGAGAAUGUCAGGAGCCACAUGGUGGAAUUUUAGCGGAUGACAUGGGUUUGGGUAAAACGCUAUCCAUGAUAUCAUUAAUUUUGAAGUCAAAAGAAAAAAAACAAGAUAGUUUACUACCAGUAGUAUCUAUUGAUAAUGGAAGAAAUGAUGUUAUUAAUGGUGGAACGUUAGUCGUUUGUCCAGCGUCCUUGAUCAAUCAAUGGGAAACCGAGGUUAAAACUAAAUUGGAACCGGGACUAUUAAAAGUUGUCCAGUAUUACGGGAUGAAUAGAGAUUUUUCAGCUUUAGAGCUGGCAAAAAAUGACUUGGUUAUUACAUCCUACAAUAUAGUUAUGUGGGAUCAAAAAAAAAAACAGAAUACAAGCCCUUUAUAUAGAAUAAAAUGGGAUCGCAUUAUUUUGGACGAAGGCCAUAAUAUUAGAAAUCAUAAGACUCAAACUUCAGUUGCUGUAUGUAAUAUUAAAAGUUUAAAUCGAUGGGCUAUCACGGGAACUCCGAUCCAUAAUAAAGAGGCAGACUUUUUCACUUUGUUGAAAUUUGUGCGUUGCAAGCCGUUUGAUGAUUGGGCUGUUUGGAAAAGGUGGGUCAGCAAUAAUGACGAUGCAGGGAAACACAGGCUUUCCCUACUCGUAAAAACAUUAAUGUUAAGACGGACAAAAUCAGAGCUUACACAAUUUACAACAUUUAAUUUACCCAAAAAAGAAAUUAAUACAAUUGAAAUUGAAUUGUCAAAAGAAGAAAGAAGGGCUUACGAAAAAUUAUUACAGUUUUCGAGCAAUCUUUUUGCUACAUACCUGUACGAUAGAGUAGCAAAAGAAAAAGUAUUUGACCCAAACAUCGAAGUACAAUGUAAAGUUCAAUAUUUCCAAGAACAAAAUCAAGAUAAAGACGACGUUUUCAAAGAUCAUCCUGAAUUGAUUAAAUUAUUCAGACAAUUCAAGGAGAUUAAUGAAAUACAAACAUACCAUAUAUUGGUAUUACUUUUAAGGCUAAGACAAAUAUGUUGCCAUCCGAUAUUAAUCAAAGGACCUAUUACAGAAGAAAGUAUUAAAAAAGAGGAUAAUAUAGAAAGUAUCCCGGAAGAUGACACAGAUGUAUUUAAUAAUGAUUCAUAUAAUGAAAACACUGACAUUGAUUCUUUUCCAAACAAUAUUGAUUUGUCAGAACUUAUGAGUUGCCUUACUUUAGAAGAUGAACCUGUUAAGAAAAAACCUGUGAUUGAAAGUAACAUUUUCCAAAAAUCUUGGAUUUCAACCAAGAUAAAAACAAUUUGUGAUUUGGUAAAUCAAAAAGUUUUAAUUGAAGGAAAUAAAGAAAAAGCUAUAAUAGUGUCUCAGUGGCCGAGUUUUUUAUACUUAAUUCGAAAACAUUUAGAAACCACUGGAAACGCUAAAAUGGAAAUGUUUUCGGGUGCAAUUCCCAUCCCAAAAAGGAAUAAAAUAAUAAGAGAAUUCAAUCAACCUAACAGUGGGCCACAAAUUUUGUUGCUGUCGCUGAAAGCUGGCGGUGUCGGCCUUAAUUUGAUGGCCGCUAACCAUAUGUUUUUAGUAGAUAUUCAUUGGAACCCCCAAUUAGAGGCACAGGCAUGUGACCGGGUUUAUCGAGUGGGCCAAACUAAACCUGUGUAUGUUUACAAAUUUAUAUGUUCUAAUACGAUCGAAACCCGGAUAAUGAACAUUCAAACACAUAAACUACAAAUGGCCGAUAAUUUAUUCAAAGGUACCAGUAUCACAUCUAAAAUAACAAUAGAUGAUCUGAAACAGAUUUUUCAAUUCCACUGAAUACAUUCAACAAUUGUUUUCUUAAAAAAUUAUGUUAGGUUAAAUUUAUAUUUCUCAUCUCCGAAAUGUAUCAUAGAUGUAUUAUAAAUGUAUUGUAUAAUUUUUAUUCAUUUAUUUAUUUUUAUUUUUUAAUGUACU